GGAGAUCCUGGUGCCCAGCGCCGGCACCGGGCGGAGGCGGCGGCACCACCGGGGACCGGGGGACCCCGAGGAGGGCGCGCAGGGGGUUCACCCCCGGGGGUCGGGGCGCAAAGGAUCCCGCGGGGGGGUCCCAGGGAACCCCAAUGGAGACACCGGAGCUCCCGGAGCCGGACGGGCUCUUCCCGGAUCCCGCCUCGCUCCCGGUGCCGGUACUGGGUUUCCAGACCUUGACGCUCCCGGAGGAUGAUGGCAGCGGAACCGAGGAGCUGCUGGGGCUGACGGUGAACCCCGACAUCGCCUGCGGCCUCGGCACCAGCCCGGAGCCCCCCCCGGUGCUGCUGGAGGUGGUCUGCGACCUCAGCACGCCCCUGGACCCCUCGAUGUUCUCCGCGAUCCAGCUGGCCCCUCAGCCCGACCCCCAGCCCACGGUGAGUCCCUGCACCCCCAGUUCGCCCCAGUCCCCCCAGUCCAUCCCUGUCCCGCAGCUCCGGCUGACGGAGGAGGAGAAGCGGCUGCUGGCACAGGAGGGGGUGACCCUGCCCGGGGCCCUGCCCCUCACCCAGGCCGAGGAGCGGCUCCUAAAAAAGGUGCGGAGGAAGAUCCGGAACAAGCAGUCGGCGCAGGACAGCCGGCGGAGGAAGAAGGAAUACCUGGACGAGCUGGAGAGCAGGGCGGCCGCCUGCUCAGCCCUGAACCAGGAGCUGCGGAAAAAGGUCCAGGAGCUGGAGACGAGCAACGGGUCUCUCCUGCAGCAGCUCCAGGCGCUGAUCAAGGAAACGUCCACCAAGCCCGCGCAGACCGGCACCUGUGUCCUGAUCCUGUUCCUGUCGCUGGGGCUGAUCCUGCUCCCCAGCUCGAGCCCGUUCCGCCGCGGCGGGAGCCAGGACGGCCUCGGACCUACCGGAGUGAUCUCCAGGAACAUCCUGACGCGGCGGGAACCGGGAGAGGCCGCGGAAUCCCCGUUCCCCCGGUGGAUGUCCGGGCCAGAGGCGGGAUCGGGAGUGGAGGACGGAGCCGGGGAGGGGCCUGGGGAUGGAAUUCCCGCCCCCCGGAGGGAUCCAGGCACCAAUUCCUCCAGGCAGGACACGGGGACAGGGACACGGGGACAUGGGGACGAGAUGUGAUGUGUGAUGGGGGAACCUCAGGGUGGGGGAACGUUCCAGAAUAAACCUGAACUCUGUUUGCA